ACCUCUGCCCCGUGGGCUCCUGGCCGGAAGCCCUUGUGCGCAUGCGUCCCAGACUCCGCUGGCUUCCGGGAGGAGACGGCGGACGUCCACCCUCCACCGUUCGCGGGGCCGCAGAGCUCCACUGCCCGGCCGCCUGCGGGAGCCGCGCGCUCACCCGCCCCUGCUCCGUUCCCCUGCAGCUGCCCCAGCCGGGCGCCACGUGGGACACGGGACUGCCCCCGAAUCCUGACCAACUCAGUCGAGGGAGAGGUCCAUCAGGACGCGGCUGUCCGUGGACAUAUAGCCCCACCCCCGCAAGAGAGGCGAAGGUGCUGCUGGGCCUAGGCGGUGGGAUGGCGGCAGAGCCUGGGCAGCAAGAGGAAGGCCGUUGGGAGAGAGAGGGCGCCAUCCUGGCGGUGGAGCUUGUGCUCGUCGGGGAUGACCUAAUGUUGGUGUGGCAACUUGUGGUGGUCGGCGUGGCGGAGGACCCCGGGGAGACUGAGGAGGAGGAGGACGAUGACGACGAGGCUAGGGAGGUUGAGAGUGAGGCUGAGGAAGACGGGGAGGCUGAGGAGGGAGAGGAGACCGAGGAGGAGGACGACGAGUUGGAGGAGUCCGAGGAGUCCGAGGAGGAGGCUGAGGAGAACCGGCAGGAGGAUGGGGAGGAAGAGGAGGCUGAGGAGACUGGUGCGUGGGAAGAAGCGGAGGAAGAAGGGGAGCUGGGGACUGAGGAGGGGGCGCCUGAGGAGGAGACGGAGGACGUGAAGCCCACAGAGGAGGCGGCUGAGGAGAAGGGGACAGAGGAGGGAGAGGAGCCAGAGAAGGAGGAAGAGGAGGCAGAGGAGAAGGCUAGAGAAGCUGAGGAGGUGACGGAAGAGGAAGAGGAGCUUGGGAUGGAGAAAGACGUGGCAGAAGAGCAGGAGUGGCAGGAGGCUGAGGAGGAAGCCGAAGAGGCUGAGCAGGCCGAGGGUGGCAGGGACAAGGAGAGGGAGGUUGAGGAUGUUGAGGAGGAGGAGGUGGUGGAGAAGAAAGAGAUGGAGCCUGAGGGGGAAGAGAAGACUGAGGAAGAGGAGCAGGUGGAGGAGGUGGAGGAGCCUGAAAAGGCUGAGGAAGAGGAGGGCCAGGAGGAGGAUGAGGAGGCUGUUGAGGAUGAGGUUGCAGAGGUACCUGUGCAGGAGGAGGAGAAGGAAGACAGGAGGGAAGAGGCCUGGGAGGGGAGCCAGAAGGAGGGAGACGCGCAGGAGCUGCAGGAGAAGCGGGAAGGGGAAGAACAGCCAGAGGCACGGCCAGGUCCGCCCCCGUCCCCGCUCCAGGCUCUCGCGGCCCUGCAGUCAGAGCUGGAGCCCCUGCACAAAGACGCCAGCGGGGCCUGCUCUGGGCUCAAGCUCAGGUUGUGGCAGAGGCGGCGGCGUCACCUGGAACACCGAAGCGCCCUCAUCCGGGGCAUCCCUGGCUUCUGGGCCAAGGCUUUUGGGAACCACCCGCAGCUGUCAGCCAUGCUCAGUGAGCAAGAUGAAGGCAUACUUGGCUCCAUGACGGAUUUGCAGGUGGAGGAACUCGGGUCUCCCCGUGAUCGCCGCAGGGUCCUGCUCUUCUUUCGCAAGAACUCCUACUUCCGCAAUGAAGUCGUUGAGAAGGAGUAUGUCCUCAGGGCUGCUGGGUACGAGCCGUCUCAUUCCACUCCCAUCCAGUGGCACCCCUGUUAUGAACGGGAGGCCCGUAGCCGCAGACACCACAACAGCAGCCUAAACUUCUUCAACUGGCUCUCUGACCACAGCUUUGCCGGGUCUAGCAGGAUAGCUGAGAUCGUCAUGGACGACCUGUGGCCCAAUCCCCUGCAGUACUACAUGAGGAAGAAGGCCCCAGCCGAGGAACUGAGAGGAGUGCAGGAACUUCAGCAUGUUGAGGUGAAUACGCAAGAGCCUUGCGCUUGACCGGAAAGAGUCCAGGACCUUUCAGAGGGAGCCGAAUGAUCAGCUUGGGCCCUCGAGCAGGGACCCACCUCGAGCCUGGUGUCGGGAAGAAACCCAGGGCCGACUGAGGCCUCCUGUGAAUUUAUUA